UAAAACCCUAACGGAGCCCCAUUUCCCCUUCACUCUCUCUGACCCAAUCUCACAACUCACAAGUCACAGAGGCAAAGCUCUCAGCAUCUCAUUCUCUCACUCAGUUUGUCACCGCCACCGCACGUCGCCGGUUUCUUUGCAUCGUCUCGUCGUCUCCUGUGCAUCUCCUUCACUGCGCCGUCGCCUAUGUCCGUGGUUCGCCUUCACCGCGUUGGCGCAUCUCCUUGCUCUUAUGCGUCUCUGUCAUCAUCGUCGCGUCAUCGUUCGGCGUGGUUCUCUGUUGCUUCUGCCUCCCCCUUGCCAGUUUUUGCUUCGUCAUGCUUGGUCGCCCUAUUCUUUGCGCGUGUUCUGCCUCUGCCUUGUGCCUGUCUUGUGCCUCCUCUGUUUCUGCUUCUGGCCCUCUCCAUCUCAUGCCUCCUCUGACUUUGGCUCUGUGAUGGGAACAGAUUGAAACGCUUAACAAGUUUCGGAUAUGCAAGGAAAGCGCAGUUAUGUUCGAGUGGAAACUCCUCUUCUUAGUUCCAGACUCCUCGCACACCACGGAGGCUUCCAAAACCACAACCAAAACCGAUCUCUUUCUUGCGAGAUUCGACGAGAUCCAGGCAUUCCGAAUCUGAUGAUUGACUCACUCAGGCAGUUGCUUGCUACCAGAGCGGCGGCCAUCCUGUUAAAACGGACAGGCAUCCAGUCUGCGUCUGCAUAGUAUUUGAGCAUGGAAGACCGUGGAGGACACGGCGGCCUGGUCAUUGUUGGCGUGGGGGCCUUCCAAUCUCAUGGCUGCUGGAUCGAUCUUGAGUGAUUACGAAAGCAGAGAUAUUGCUCUUUGAUUUCGAAGAUCGGUUAACUGUAGCUGACAACUAAAUCAGAAAGCUGUGCAGUCUGAUCAUGCUGGUCGCAAAUGCGGCAAUCAGAGGAGUACAAGAAGAACCUUAUGGCACAACAAUAAUGGAAAACUAUCAAAAGAAUAUUGUAUCAAGAUGCAGCAUAAUUAUUGGAAGUAUCAUUGCAACAACAUUAAAGGAGGAUCUAUGAUGAGUGAUAAAUUUGAGAAAAAAUACUUGGUGAAUGCAACCUCAAAAAAUUCACAUGAUGAACCGAAAAAACCACAACCUAUUUUGGAGUCUAUCAAAGAUGGCAUGGAUGCUUUUCGCCAGUUUUCCAGAUUAUACGCAUUCUUUAGCUUCAUAUCAAGUGGACUUUCUUCAUCACUCCUUGCGGUGGACAAUUUAUCAAAUAUUUCUCCAAAAAUGUUCUUAAUAGGCUUCUUGCAGUUUCUGAUACCUAACUGCAUCAUGUUUCAAUAUAUUGUUGGUGUGAAUCAAUUAGCCGAUGUUGAAAUAGACAAGAUUAACAAACCAUAUCUUCCAUUGGCAUCCGGGAAAUAUUCCUUAAGAAAUGCAGUAAUAGUUGUGGCAUCAUCUCUUCUAAUGGGAUUUGGAUCUGCGUGGGUGUUAGGAUCAAGGCCAAUGUUUUGGUGUUUAGUCAUCAGUACUAUGCUCAUGACUGCUUAUUCAGUUAAUUUGCCCUUGUUGAGAUGGAAAAGAUCCACAAUCCUUGCAACAUUCUCUCUUGCAAGUUCUAUGACAAUAGGACAACAUAUUGCACCAUUUCUUCACAUGAAGACUGUGCUCAAGAAGGCACUUGACUAUCCGAGAUCACUAGUUUUUACUGUUGUGGUCGUGAGCCUUUUCUAUACAGUUAUAUCCUUGGCAAAGGAUAUACCUGACAUUGAAGGGGAUAAAGCAGCAGGUCACAAAACCUUGGCAAUACAUUUGGGUCCUAGACGAGUAUUUUGGUUUUGCAUUUCGCUCCUUCAAAUGACAUAUGGAAUUGCUAUUAUAAUGGGAGCAUUAUCUCCUAUCCUAUGGAGCAAAAUUUUUACGGUUGUGACACAUUUCAUCAUGUCCAUAAUCCUUUGGUAUCGUGCAAAUUCCGUAGAUUUAUCGAACAAUGAUUCGCUACAAUCCUUUUAUAUGGCUAUCUUUGUGUUUCUUUCUGUGGAAAACUUCCUUGUACUUUUUGUUCGAUGAAGAUGGAAUGAUAUUUGAUUCUAUAAAUUGUUCAACAUUUAUCACAUGUCACCAUGGAGACUAUCAAUAAGCUCAAAAUUUGAUGUGUUUCAUAUUUUUCGAUUGAUGUUGGGACUAUGCCUCACUGUUGAGAGUUCAGAAAGUAAUAGACUUUUGGACUUUCCUAGAGUUGAUUUUUGGUAACCAUUAAAAGUUGUAGAGUUUUCUUCUAUUUAUAAUAAACAUCAUUUUUUUAGAGAUC